UAAUUAGAACGGACACCUACCUACCGCUACUCCACCUCCGUUUCAACAUUUCCCACACAUUCAAUUUCAUCAUAUUGAAAAUUGCAAAUCAUCAAAAUUCUACAGUAUGAUCAUCUGUAUUGUACAACGAUCAAAUUCAACUGAGAUAUAGUAAUCGCUGCUGCUGUAAUUGUGUGGUCAAUGAUAAUUGUGAAGGAUUUGAUUUGAAAGAGGUCCAAAAAUGAGCACCGAAAGACAAUCGGUGACUGUUCGGGACCUUGUUGAGGAAGCUAAGAAGAGAGUUGUUUUCUUAAUCAUAUGCGCCAUUGGACUCUCCUAUCUAAUGUCUCUGACGAGCUCCUCAGUUUUUGUCAACUUGCCUGCAGCUGCACUCUUAAUUGUUUCCCUUCGUUAUCUGUCUCUUGAUUUUGAUGCGCGGAUGAAAGCUGUAACAUACAAAAGUAAGUCAUCCAUAUCAAACAGCACUUUUCAGGGGAAACAUAUUGAUACUCCAAGAACAGUUAAUGAGAAGUCCACCUGGAGGAAGAAAGUAAGUUCACCUGCUGUCGAAGAAGCAAUAGAUCACUUCACCAGGCAUAUAGUUUCUGAAUGGGUCACAGAUCUCUGGUACUCCCGCAUAACUUCUGAUACACAGGGUCCUGAGGAACUUGUGCAGAUCAUGAAUGGUGUACUAGGGGAAAUUUCAUGUCGCAUGAGAACUAUUAAUCUUAUAGAUCUUAUCACAAGAGAUAUUAUCAAUCUAAUACGCACUCACUUGGAGCUGUUUCGUGCAAGCAAAAUAAAGAUUCAGAAGAAACGGCCAAGCUCCUUGACAAUUGCAGAGCUAGAUGUGGAGCUUAAACUGGUGUUGGCUGCAGACAACAAAUUACAUCCUGCUUUGUUUUCUCCGGAGGCUGAGCACAAAGUACUCCAGCAUCUUAUGGAUGGUCUCAUUUCAUACACUUUUCAGACAGAGGAUGCACAGUGCUCUUUGUUCCACAACAUUGUCAGGGAGCUUCUUGCUUGUGUUGUAAUGCGACCAGUAUUAAAUAUAGCUAAUCCAAGGUUCAUUAACGAGAGGAUUGAGUCUCUAGUUGUUUCUGUAAAGAAGGGUGAUAAAGGGAACACAGCAGCAGAAACUGAACCACAGUCCAGGCCGGUUGGAUCUGGUAAAAUAUCAGCAGAUCAUUUUUCUCAGGUUUUAGAUCCUUCUGCCAAGGGCGUAGAGCUUGUACAACUAAAAAAUGACCAACCUAAUAACACUGAGGAGGAUGCCACGAACAGUAUGAAUGGAACAGAUUUGUUGUUGGACCCUUUGCUUUCAUUUGAUGCUCGGUCUACUCGUUCUGGGAGUUCUUUGCCAUCACAAGCUGAUGCAGAUGACGGAAGAGGUAUUCAGAGACACCACUCUGGAGGAGAGUGGGGUGAAAGGCUAGAUUUGCUUUCUCGUAGAAAGACUGAAGCCCUGGCCCCUGAAAAUUUAGACAAUAUGUGGGCAAAAGGCAGAAACUAUAAACGGAAAGAAGAGGCCAAUUUAGCAUCUGAUAAACUCAAGAAGAGUUCAUUGGUAAGUGCACCAAAAUCGUCGGGACAGUCAAAGGAAGCUAAACAGAAAGAGAGUGAGAGAGAAAACAAGGUUGGAGCUAAGCAUUAUGUGAAGGACAAUGCUCCCUCGCAAGGUGAUUUGAAAAGACCAAUUUAUCCUCCAGAUUACUCGUAUCAAGAGGAAAAUGAACAUAGCUCAGAUGAGGUUGAAUCAGAGAGCAGUAGUUCUUACACUACUGAAGAUGAAGAACCCAGCAGUGUGACUGGUUUUGACUCUCCUGGAACUCAAGUGUGGGAUGGGAAAAAUAUAAGGAAUGUCAAUCACAUUCAUCAUCCACUUGAAAAUAAUGAAGGCCAUAAGAGAAGAAAAGGAAAAGCUAGUAAAACACAUAUCCGCUCUAAACACUUAAAUAGAGUACUGUCUGGACGGAAAAGGUCUAGAUUAAGCAACCAAACGGAACACUUGUGGCAAGAGACACAAAGAGCCAGCUUCUUACAGGGGGAUGGACAAGAUAUAUUAAAUUCCAAAGAAAAUGUGAAACCGGAUGGUCUAAGUGAUGACUCUGAGACAGAAAUAUUCAGUAGAAUUUCUAGUGACACUAACGCAUCAUCAUAUGUCUCGUCAAGAAGCUUUUCGGAAAUUCAUAGUAUGGGUCCUUAUUCUACAACAGGUUCUAUAAUUGCUGAUUCUUUUUUGAAAUUAAGAAGUGAGGUCCUGAGUGCUAAUAUCGUAAGAAGUGGCGCCAAAACUUUUGCUGUUUAUUCCAUAUCUGUUACAGACAUGAACAAUAAUAGUUGGUCUAUCAAAAGAAGGUUUCAACAUUUUGAGGAGCUACACUGGCGUCUUAAGGAGUUUCCGGAGUACAAUCUUCAUUUACCUCCCAAGCAUUUCCUCUCUUCAAGUCUGGAUGUUCAUGUCAUUCGAGAACGGUGCAAAUCACUUGACAUAUAUUUGAAGAAACUUCUGCUGCUCCCAACUAUUUCCAACUCCAUCGAAGUAUGGGACUUCCUCAGUGUGGAUUCACAGACAUAUAGCUUCUCAAACUCCUUGUCCAUAAUUGAAACAUUACAGGCUGACCUGGACAGCACUGUACGCCAAAAGAGUAAAGAACCUCCACAUGGUAUAAGCCCUCGAACUGUUCUGUUAUCCUCCAAGGGGAAGCAUUCUAAUACUGAAAGCAAGAAUCCAACUUCAAGGAUGGAACAAGAUCAUGCAGGACAUGAACCAAGAUUCAGGAAAGAUUAUGUCGUACUCUCUCCUCCAAAAAGACCUCUCACAGAAACUUUUGAGGAUUCAAAUAGUGACACUCUUGGACUUGAUUUUAAAUGCACUUGUGUCAUGGACUUCACUGGACCUGUUGACUUGGGGUUCAUUUUUAGGAGGAAUGCAUUCUGGGUGGCUAAACAGGUUUUACAAUUGGGAAUGGGUGAUGCAUUUGAUGAUUGGCUGAUUGAGAAAAUCCAGCGUCUGCGCAGGGGUUCAGUAGUUGCUGCAGGUAUCCAACGUGUUGAGCAGAUUCUCUGGCCGGAUGGUAUAUUCAUCACAAAGCACCCAGCACGUCAACGUCCUGCACCUUCCUCAUCCCCCAAUUCUCCUCCAGGCCAGCCUUCAACUCCAUUAUCUUCGCCUAGGCUGGAGGAUUCACAGAAACUGGAUGAGAUGCAGAAGCAGGAAGCAGAGCAACGUGCAAAAUUUGUUUAUGAGCUAAUGAUUGAGAAGGCACCAGCUGCUAUUGUAGGACUUGUUGGUCACAAAGAAUACGAACAAUGUGCAAAGGAUCUUUAUUACUUCAUCCAGUCAUCUGUGUGUAUGAAGCAGUUAGUUCUUGAUCUUCUUGAGCUAUUACUGGUGUCCGCAUUCCCAGAGCUGACUUCUGUAUUUAACACAUUGCAUGAGGAGAAGGAGAGAUUUGGAGAACUCAAAAUAGAUUAAGUGGAUCGUUUGCCAAAAUGCCAUUUCAUUAUACAAUUUUAAGGAAAAUCGUCAACAAGUUCUUCCCGUUAAUCAUGGUAAAGGUUUUGUUUGAGGAUUUACUAAGACUUGUGUGUAAUAUUCUUCUUUCUGUGGAAGCACAAAAUGCUUGGUUCAUUUUGUCAAAUAUGUAAAAAUGUUGGGAGGGCCAUGACUGUUCCAAGAUUUUUGGAAAGAGAAGUUAUGAACCAACAGUCAUAAAUAUUAUAUGUUAAGAUGUCUGGAAAUCCACAAAUGAUGGAUUAGUAAAUAGCAAGAUAUGACUUAUUUAUACUGAAUAUGAAUAUUUAAGAUGAAGCUAGAGUUUGGCUAUAGAUUCUCAAAUAUUUUU